AUGGCAGACCUCCUCGCAAAGCGAACCUCCCUCCCCAUCGCAGCACAGUGCUGUCAUCCUUCAGAUGGCAGAUGCACUAUCUGCGCGACAGUCCCCAAGGAGAACCAAUUCAGCGGUGACUGUGUGCUGCAGUUCCCGGAGAUAUUGUCUUACGAAGAGGACGUCUCGGAGCGUUGUUUUAUGUUCAAGGGUGAGUUUCUGGAGUUCGCUCAUCCGUUGAGUCAUCAACGAGGCUGGGAUGGUGUGGAGAUAACCACGCCUGUUUUUCAUGCUGGUGAGUUGGACAAUGGACUUGAUACUAUGAAGACUGCUCUGACGAAUCUUCGGCAGCUGGGUCUUGAGAUCUCUGCUGAUGAUUCAUGCGGUAUGCAUGUCCACGUUGGUGUUGAAACUGGUAUGACCAUUCUUCUCGCCCAAAAGAUCACCACCCUGGUAAUCCUUCUCGAGACCACCCUUCUCCUCCGACUCGUCGCGCCUCCACGAUGGAAGAGUGCUUUCUCCCUGCCAAUCUGCGAAAACUCAUCUUUAGCAAUGGACAUGGAUCUUCACAAGCCCCUCGAAGAUCCCACCGCACUCAACCAGCAUGUUCCUUGCAUGAGUACCAUGAAACCAGGUAAGUGGAACAACUGGUAUCCCAAGCACAUCUACAAGAUGCUCUACGGUGUAUGGGGCAGCACAAUCCUCGCAGAUCUAAGUCUGCGCCUCAAAAAAGCACGUAUGAACCGCUGCGGCUUCGCCCUGUCUUUACGAAAUCACAAGGUAAGUGGUGCAGAGAAUCUCGAAGGGUCUCCUACGACUGUUGAGUUUCGAUACUCGCAGAUGACGUUUGAUCAUGAGCUUUUGAGGAACUGGACUGAGAUUCUGGCGAGGAUUGUUGUUAUUGCUCAGGGUGAUGCGGAGGAAUUUAAGAGGUGUGUUGAGGAGAUUAUUAGUAUUAAUGGGAGGGAUGAUAAGGAUGUUUGGAAGGGGUUGAUGACGGAUGUUCUUGGGUUGGGACAUCGUGUUCCGCAGUGGGAGGAGCAAUUGAAGUAUUUUGAGAGGGGUGAGUAUGUUUCCCAUCUUGAUGAUGAGCUUCUACUCAAACCUUUUUGA